UCAUUACAAAGAAAAAUGACCUGGCAUUUCAAUAUGUCUGCUGAGCAAGAGCUGCAAACCUACAAAAAUCAAUUUAACGUCGAAUUAGACGGUAUUGAGUUUUUAAAAACGUACUACGAUCCGUCGGAUAAGCCGACGUACGAGAUCAACACACAACAUAUGAACGACGCCAUUGAUGUAUUAAAACGUCGUGCGGUUCACGGUGGUAGAGUAUUAGAAAUUGGAUGCGGUCCGAAUAUAAUGAAUAGCUUGGUAACAUGUAGUUUUUUUGAUGAAAUUUAUUUAUCGGAUUUUAAUCUCGGAAUGUUGAAACCGCUAGAAGACUGGGUGAAAGGUAAUGUGGUUGGUUUUGACAAUUCGUAUAUGGUCAACUACAUAGCGAAGAAGAUGAAUAUUUCGCCGAAUGAAUUAGAGAAACAAACUCGACUGAAGAUAAAAAAGGUACUUCGAAGUGACAUCCACCUUGAACAACCCGUUCAAAGUGGACACUUUUUCGAUGGAAUUAUCACGAGGUUUUGUGUUGAUUCGUGUUCACCCAAUCUUUCAUCAUACAACAAAGCUAUUAAAAAUAUCACCAAUUGCUUAAAAAAUGAGGGAUAUUUUCUACAGAUGGGGUUUUUCGAUCAUGACAGUGAAGGACACACAAAGGGAUACUGGGACAUAGGAUCUCUACGCGUGGAAGACUUGAGACUAACAAAAUCUCAAGUUCGACUGGCUGUAGAGGAUGCUGGAAUGAAGAUUGUCGAAUGGAAAGAGCGUAUCCAUCAACAAUCAACAGAAUGCGAUUUUAAAAACACUUCUUCCUAUACUCUUCUUGCCCAAAGAGUGAAGUAGAUCUUAGAUUAUGAAUGUAUUAUUUAUUUUUUAAUUUUAUUUUAAUUUAAACAAUCAACACUUUCCUUGUA